AUGCGACCCCCGAUGCGGUCAAGCAUUGCCUGCGUCCAUUGUCGGAGGAGUAAAAUAAAAUGUGAGAACGAUGGUGGCAUAAGUGCUUGUGAUAGCUGUGUCAAGACAGGAAAGCAUUGUUCGUACACGCCCCCCGAAACUAACGCCCCGAAGAGAGCCGAGCCGCCUGUGGGGGUAAAACAGGAACGGGACGGAGGUUCGGACAGGAAGAAGCUCAAAAAGAUAGAAGACAUAUCUAAACUAGAUAAUCACCGGGCGACUAUUUUUACCGAGGAUGUGCUCUCGGCGCCUUUCUUAACUGAGGACUUAUGGGAGCAACUACUGGACCUCUAUAAGCUGCACUUUGCCCCUGAGCUUCCGUUCCUUCAUCUUCCUACCAUGAAGGAGAAACUGGGACGAAAAUUCAGGGGCUCUCAAUCGGACAAUGGUUCAGAUUUCAACUUAGUGCUGCUAGGUAUCCUAACCCUAACCGCUCGUUUUCAUCCCGAUCUUGUCAGAUAUCUUGCCCAUAUUUGCAAUAACCAGUCGGGCAACGCCAGGUCUCGGCCAGUUCACACGCAGCUGGACCCUGUUUUGGCGUCUGAAUACUAUGCUGAUGUUCUCACUAUGGCUCUCGGCCCACUACGAACCGCCAUGAAUGUCGCAAGUGUCGAGCGGGUAGCGGCUUUUCUCAUGCUGGGUCUAUUUGAGUGGAGUCAAACGAAGCCCAAGACUGGGGGGCUUGGCGCUUGGAUGUACGUCGGCGUUGCCAUCAGAAUGGCACAGUAUCUUCGCCUUGGUUUUGGCGAUGUUCCCGACCCAGCAGAUCCCAAGGUCAUCGAGUACGACCAUAAAAGCUCGGGCGAGCAGUCGCGGAUGGCAUUGGAAAAGGAAGUCAGGAGGCGGACCAUGUUUAGCUGUCUCAUCCUAGACCGCAUGCUCUCCUGUGGUAGGGAACGAGUGUCCAUCAUACAAUCAGACGAGCUCCAAAUUCAGCUCCCGUGUUCCGAGGACAAAUUCGAUCUUGCGAUGGAAGCGCCCACUGGUUUCAUCAAGGACAAAAGGCGACAUGGCUUAGACGACAGUGUGCUCAGUCGGUUUAUCCAACUGGUUGACUUAUGGGGUGACGUUGCUAAGUUUAGUUCAUCAGGUGGUCGUCUUAAUAAGAAGGAGAGAGAGACGCCACCUUGGUACCCCGAAAGCACGUUCUUCCAGUUAACGAAAAGGCUCGCUGAGUUUGACAAGGAACUUCCAGAUACCUUUACUUUCUCACAAUCGAACUACUUCAAACACGAGAACCACCAGGCUUCUAGUGUAUAUGUGUUAUUACACAUGCUUAGAUGCAUUUGCCUCAUCAUGUUGCACCGGGAGUAUAUACCUUUUGUACCCAUCAGCUGCGAAAAGCCUGUUGGACCAGUUGACCAGCCAACAUUUCCCCCAGAAACAUAUGGCUCGCCGCCGGAUGGUUUCUGGACAGCAAGUGCAGAGCUUGUAUUCAAGGCAGCACGAGGUAUUGUUGAUCUUUUAGAAAUAUGUCAGAGGAAAAACAAAUUGCCACAGUCAACCAUUGUCCUGUUUGCGAUCUGGACCGCUUCCUUUGUAGGGCUCUACGCUGAGCACUUCCCCCUAAUGGACACACAAAAGCACAUGUUGGAAUAUGACUAUGAGAAUAUCCACGAGCCUGAAACUGCAAUUGAAGUAUUUAGGCGCGGGUCGGUGGCAUUCACUCUCGAAGCCCUCCGUAAAAUGGCCACGUGGCAGCAGAUGGCAUCCACUUACGUGCUUAUCCUCGGGCAAAUGGACAAAUUCUUCGAGACCAUCAAGGAGGACUACUAUCGUUUUGCCGCCAAUAACAAAGAGGUGGCAGGAAAUCCAUCGUUGUGGCUUCGACACGGAGGGAAAGGAGGCGCGUUGGAAGAAUACAAGCCACUGUCCUCAACCCUCAAAGAUUUUGGAGCUGUUCAACCAGAAGAGGCUAAUCAUGUAGAUAGCUCGGGUCGGUUAUCGCCAAGUGUGGUGGAUAAGUUACCAGCAUCAGGGGUGGACCUGAUCAAGCCAAAAUUCAAGAAGUCGCCGAGGAUUACUCCAUCUGGCUCCUUUACUGCCAUCAAUCACAUCCCGAUUAUGCCAGCGUCGGAACAAUUCCUGGCAGAAAAGCUAGCUGCCGACCCGGGGUACCUCGGUACCCUAACUCUCGAAGGCGGUUUCUGGCCCUCGUUCAAAAAGGAAGAAGGCCGCCGUAUCGGGGCGAUAGGCGACCUCGGCCUCUUCUCGAGCGGGGUCUCCAAGCACGCCGUCACGGAACUGCCAUUUGGAGAAUCAUCCCACAUCCCCUCCUUGUCGGAUUCAUCGUAUGAGUUUCUGCAGCAGAUAGCUGAAUUAUAG